AUGUUGCUUUUGAACUUGGUUCUAAACUUGGUUCUGCAUGUUUUUUUCGCAGCACUGAUGGUAAGUACGCCGCUUAAUCAACGAAGGUUUCCAUAUAUAUCAUACUGGAAAUAAUGUAGCUAAAUUUCACCAGGCAAAUGCCACUAAUCCUGCGGGAAAAGUCCUCCAAAAGAGAUUCAAGAACCGUGUUAGAGAUUCUGCUCCCGAAUUAUCCGUAAGUUAUCAACGCUUAGCAGAUAAAACCUUCAGAGAGCUGACAAAAAACGGAAAGAACCCCAACUGCUUCAACGUGCAGGGCUACAAGCCCAUUUCCUCAACCUCCCUCUCAGGACUGAUCGAUCACCUCAUGGUUACUCAAACUUGUGGGGUUGCUGCACAAAGCUGUACUAAUGUUGCCUGCAAUGUUACAAGCCCUGCUGGAGAUUCCAUCGAAUUCUGUAGCGGAAUCGUAAGUUCCUCGUUCCUUCUUUUGAUAAAAAGCAGUAAAGCAUCGGAAUCUCGACGGCAGAAUGACCGAGUAG